GCCCUGGUUCAUAUGCUAUAGAAAAAGAAAACAGUUUUGUUUUCGACAAAUUAAAAACAAUAUCUUAAUAUAAUCAGUCGUGGUCAUCUAAAUACAUCCAAUUAAAUGGCUGCCCUGGCCAGCUUGACCGCCCAGUACACGGAUUCCGAGAACGAGGGCGAUGCUAGUCCGGAUUCCCAAAACUCCACGGCGUCCCUGGUUAUCAUACCGCCCAAGCGACCCACGCCGACGCCCACCAAACAGGACGAAGAAAACAAGCGAUCCAAGGAAAAGAAAAAGAAGCGGGCCAAGAAGGUGCGCCGACUGGUGAGCUACCAGGAUGACACACUGAUUUCCGACGAGGACGAAGACCACGCCGCAGUGUCCUCCAGCGAAGAGGAGUCCAGCAGUGGCGACGAGAGCAACAGUUCCAAUUCCCAGAGCGAAGACAGUCCCAAAGCCAAGGAUAAAAGCAGUGCUGGUAGUGGUUCCAAGGAUGGGGACGCGCCCAUGGAGGUGGACGAGGAGCCUGCAUGUUUCCCGGUCGAGGAACGAACGGCUGAGAGCUACGAAAAGGAUGCCAAGUACGCCAAGUAUAAGUUUCAGCUGCCACCCGAGCCAAAGGGGAAACCGUCCGCCGAAUUAGUGGCCAAAAUCACUAAAAUGUACACAAAGAUGAGCCAGACCAAUAUGGACAUGAAUCGCGUCAUACAGGAUCGCAAGGAAUUUCGCAAUCCCAGCAUCUAUGACAAAUUAAUAAGCUUUUGCGACAUCAACGAGUUCGGUACCAACUAUCCGCCCGAGAUCUAUGAUCCUUUGCAGUGGGGCGAGGAGUCCUACUACGAGUCCUUGGCGGCGGUCCAGAAAACGGAGAUGGUGAAGCGGCAAAAGGAUCGCAAGGACAUGGACAAGGUGGAGCAGGCCACUGCGUUGGCCCGGAAAGUCGAGGAGGAGGCUAAAAAGCGCAAAUCCAAGUGGGAUCAGCCGGCACCUUCGUCAACCGUUGUUAAGACCACUCUUCCAGCACUAACCACCACUGUUACGGGCACCAAGGGCACUGUCAUUUCCGCCUUUGGAUCGCUGCCGAAGAAGCCAGCCGUUUAGUCUUUAAUUUCGAAAUAAACAUUUAUUUUUAAACAUCCCAUUA